UCCUCCAUCACCAGACGCCUGAAAAGGAUCCUCUGUUUUUCGCGAUCGAAGAGACAACUUGACAGUCACUCGGUCUAUGGAACUGAGAUUUUGAUCUCUUCUUUCGACCUUCACCCCUUGACUCUUUCUUCGUCUUUGCCUCUUCACCAGCCAAGACACGAACACGACCAGCAUGUGACCUCCGACGGAAAGCGCUCAAGGAUUUGCCUGCGAGUGGGGCGGAUGCGUCAGGUCGCGCAACAAUUGGCUUAUUUGAGGGAGGGCAAUCGGCGACUACCAGACGACGGGCUACGAGGGUAUCACCGCCUGAUACGGGGACUGCGUCAACUGAGGAUGAGGAGUUGUACAUCUCGCCCGAGAGCGCCUUCCUUUCGGCCUUGAAGCCGCAUUUCCGCACAAAACGAUCCCCAAAGUGCCAGUUACGAAUGACUAGUUCUGGCUGCUGUCAUUCGCUCUGUCCCAUCCGCUUGGUCGUUUUCUCCAUGUGCCUUCCCCUCUCGUCUAGACCAAGGCACAAUGACGACGCUCCCUAGCUUGUUUUGCCGAGAAUUACACCGGUGUUUCCAUACAUUCCACCCCUGGGCAUUCUCCCCAUAAAUUUCGGCCUUCUCUCCCAGCGUUCUCCCACCCAUCUUUCUCUGGAUUCUGCCAUCGCAAGCCGUGCACUAUUUCUAUGCCACAAAACGCUCUGUUUCGUUCCUGGUAUCCUUAAAAACUCAAAUCACACCACCUAUACGGCCUCGGAAAUGAAUUCACAGAGAUGUGCCGCGGUCGUCGUGGGAGCCGGCCCCGCCGGUCUUGCCGUUAUGGGGAAUCUGUUGGAGAAACAACUAGGAGGGAAGAUCGCCUGGAUUGAUCCAUCCUUCCAGGCUGGUCGGGUGAAUCGCAAGUACCGUGAAGUGCCUAGCAACACCAAAGUCGCUCUGUUCCAAGCGUAUGCCACAGCAGUCCAGCCUUUCCGCUCCGUAAUCUUAGGCACCCGUAUCCCUAGUCCAUUCUCAACGAUGGCCAAACUCGAUCAGGAGAAGACCUGUCACCUGCAUCAUGCGGCAGAUAUGGUCCGUGCCUUGACAGAUGGCAUCACCAAGAUGGACCAGGUUUAUGCGUGUCGGGGGUAUGUCACGGCUGCCAACCUGGUAGAGAAUACGUCGUCUUGGACUGUUCGGAUCCAACGCGCGGACCACCUCGACGAAGUUGAGGUCAUUACCCCUAGACUCAUCUUGUGUACGGGAUCAUCGCCGACAGAGGUGCCGAUUCCUGUGUGUGGACAGCACAUCGAGAGGUUGGAUCUAGAUGUAGUGCUCAAACCUAGUGACCUCGUCUCGUAUCUUCCCCGCAGUGAGUCCCAGACUGUGGGGGUUGUCGGAGCUUCCCAUAGUGCCAUUCUGGCACUCCUCAACCUGGUAGAUCUGGCCCGCAGUACCCACCCCCAGCUCCGCAUUAAGUGGUUCACUCGGCAUCCACUGAGGUAUGCCGAGUACAUGGAUGGCUGGAUUCUGCGGGACAACACCGGUUUGAAGGGUUCUGCCGCUGACUUUGCGCGGCAACAGCUGGAGGAGGACAAGCUCCCUCAGUCCGAAGCCGGCCUGUUCAUCACCAAGGUGGACUGCGGAGGCGGCCAGGAAGCCACGCAAUAUGAGCGGCAUCUGCCAUCGUGCACCCACCUGGUGCAAGCUGUAGGAUUUACUCGGGAUCCCCUUCCUGAGUUGUCAGUGAAUGGUCAUCUCCUCGACCCUGAAUUUGACUCGGCGUCCGGUGGCUUCCAUGAUACGACUGGCCGUGUCAUCCCGGGUUUGCAUGGAGCAGGAAUUGCAUUCCCGGAACGAGUGGUCGAUCCCUACGGCAAUGUCGAACAUGCUGUUGGGUUCUGGAAGUUUAUGAAAUUUAUCAAGAGAGUCAGUCCCCAGUGGGCAGCAUGAUGGUGGUUUUCUUUACCUAAUGAUUCCCCUUUACUUUGUCUUGAUUUCUUGGUAUUAUUAGCGUCAUCAGUUGUGAAUAGAAUUUCCAUUCUAAUAUGCAAGGUGUUUUUAUACUGGA